CUCAGGUUGGCUACCGCUGUGUAUUUCUCUUAAUAACUUGACUGUAAAUCGAGAGCAAAGUGCACAUGGAUUAUUAAUACACAUCAAUAAGUUUUUAACAUUUUAAGCAUAUUUCGAUAGUAUAGAUAAACGGUUGGUUAUUUUUUGUGCAAAUAUAUUCAUACUGUAGGAAAAAUGGUGUUGUCGUGUCGAUUUUAUAAAGAAAAGUAUCCUGAAGUGGAAGAUGUAGUCAUGGUGAAUGUACGUAGCAUAGCUGAAAUGGGAGCAUAUGUACAUUUAUUAGAAUAUAAUAAUAUUGAGGGUAUGAUCCUCCUUUCUGAAUUGUCUAGAAGACGUAUUAGAUCUAUUAAUAAACUUAUUAGAGUAGGAAAAACUGAACCAGUUGUUGUUAUUAGGGUUGACAAAGAGAAAGGUUAUAUUGAUCUUAGUAAACGUCGUGUAUCAGCUGAAGAUGUAGAAAAAUGCACAGAGAGAUAUGCAAAAGCAAAGGCUGUAAACUCAAUAUUAAGACAUGUUGCAGAAUUAUUACAUUAUGAUAGUGACGAUCAGCUAGAGGAAUUAUAUCAAAAAACUGCAUGGCAUUUUGAAGAAAAAUAUAAGAAACAAAAAGCUUCUGCAUAUGAUUUUUUUAAGCAAUCAGUUUUGGAUCCAUCUAUUUUAGCAGAGUGUGGACUUGAUGAACAUACAAAAGAAGUAUUAUUAAAUAAUAUUAAACGAAAAUUAACUUCUCAAGCAGUAAAAAUUAGAGCAGACGUAGAAGUAGCUUGUUAUGGUUAUGAAGGAAUUGAUGCAGUGAAAGCUGCUUUAAAAGCUGGUUUAGCUCUUUCCAUUGAUGAACUUCCAAUUAAAAUUAACUUAAUUGCACCACCACUGUAUGUUAUAACAACAUCUACACCAGAAAAACAAGAUGGUUUAAAGGCAUUAAAUGAUGCCAUUGACGCUAUACAAAAUAAAAUAACAUCAUUGGGAGGUGUAUUUAAUGUUCAAAUGGCUCCAAAAGUUGUUACUGCAACUGAUGAAGCAGAAUUAGCAAGACAAAUGGAACGAGCUGAACUUGAAAAUGCUGAGGUUGCUGGUGAUGAUGAUGAAGAAGAAGUGGAAGGAAUGGAUGGAUUUAGUGGCGGUGAAGGUGCAGAGGAAGAUAAAAAACCCGAAAACGAUUCUCAAGAAGAAGAAUAAACAUAGAAUAAAUUAACAAAUUAUCACGUUUCAUUAACUAACAGUUGUUUCUAAAUUACAAUUGUACUUUUAUAAGUACUGCCUUGUUGGACAUUAUGCAGAAUAUUUCAAAUAUGUACACAAAAAUCAAUGUAUUAUAAUUUAUAAAUAAUUUUUUAUGAACUUCAUGAAAUAAACAGAUCAAUAAUGUCUAAAUUA